UAACGUUCGGUGCUCACAGAUGGCGGGAGAAGCAUCUUCGAUAAUCGUGAAUUCUCCGUGUUACGUGUGCCCGUAUCUUCUCCUGUGAAUUCGGAGAUCGUCGGGCAGACUUUCGAAGGGAAUUUUCGUGGAGUUAUUUUCAAAAUUUGCCUGAGAUUGGGUCUCCAACAAUGUUCCGCAACCACAUACCCUCGAUUCUACGGUUAGCUGCCCAGGAGCAACAAUGGCAGCAACAACAGAGGGGUAUGGCCACCCUCAAGGCUAUCUCCAUACGUCUUAAGUCAGUGAAGAAUAUCCAAAAGAUCACACAAUCCAUGAAGAUGGUGUCAGCAGCCAAGUAUAAUCGCGCGGAGCGCGACUUGAAGCAGGCUCGACCACUCGGCGUGGGCACGAAAAUAUUCUACGAGCAGGCCGAGAUCCAGGCGCCCGCGGAAGAACCGAAGAAGCUCGUGAUUGCUGUGACCAGCGACCGUGGCUUAUGCGGCGCCGUACACACUGGCGUGUCCCGCAACAUUCGCGACCGGUUGCUGGCCGACCCUAAGGAACGCGAGAACACGAAGAUCAUAUGCAUCGGUGAGAAGUCCCGGGCGAUUCUUUCACGCCUGUUCUCCAACAAUAUCCUGUUCGUCGCAUCCGAAGUGGGCCGUAAGCCUCCGACGUUCAACGAUGCAGCCAAGAUAGCCAUAGAGGUCAUGAACAGCGGUUACUCCUUCGGCUCCGGACGUAUAGUUUACAACAGAUUCAAAUCUGUGGUGUCGUACGCGAUCGACGACCUGCCGUUGUUCGACAAGAACGCCGUGGUCACCGCACCGAAGCUGUCGAUAUACGAUUCCCUCGACGACGAUGUGAUACAGAACUACUUGGAGUUCUCGCUCGCUUCAUUGUUGUUUUAUUCGAUGAAGGAGGGUGCCUGUAGCGAACAGUCCAGCCGUAUGACCGCGAUGGACAACGCCAGCAAGAACGCCGGUGAAAUGAUCGACAAGCUCACACUCACCUUCAACCGUACUCGGCAAGCCGUGAUUACCAGAGAAUUGAUCGAGAUUAUCUCUGGUGCCGCCGCUUUGGAUUAAGAACGUCGCACGUGGAUAUUAGUCUCUCAAUUUAUAGCGCCGGCAGAUGGAACGAGAACAUGUUACGCCGGGAAAAUAAACGAGGAAACGAAAACGGACGCACAGAGUCCGUUAUACUGCCGAAAGAUGCAAUUUCUGAUCAACUUGGACGGAGCUCAACAAUCCGCUGAUACGACCUCUAAAAAUUGCUGUACCAUUCGUUAUUUUUAUGUCCAAGUUCAAUAAAUAGAUCGAAUUACAAAA